AUGGCCCUUGAAUCCGAGAAUACAAAUUUAAAAGCAGAAAACGUGGAACUUAAAUCAAGAAACACAGCUCUCGAAGAAAACAAUGCGGAACUUAAAUCAAGGAACUUGGCCUUUGAACAAAGCAAUGUGGACCUUAAAUCAAGAAACUCAGCUCUCGAACAAGACAAUGCGGAACUCAAAUCAAGAAACAUAGUUCGAGGAAAAACCAAUUUGAACCUUACAACAAAACUUGCGGUUAGCGAAAAAGAACUUGAGACCGUCAAAGAAAGUAAUGUAAAUCUUAAAAUAAAACUUACUAAGACUGAAGACGAACAUGAGGCUUUCAAAACAAAGCUUGGGAUUAGUGAAAAAGAACGUCAAGCUUCCGGAAGAACCAUUGUAGAACUCAAAACAAGACUUACAGCCAUUGAAGAUGAAAAUACAUCUCUUAAAAAAAGCCUCAAAGACUUAAAUAUGCAAAAAGUGAAAGAUAAUAGAAUAAGCCAAAAAAGACUAGACACAAUAAUGAAACUGAAACAAAAUUAUCAGGAACAACAAGAACUACUCGAAAAAUUGAGGAAAGAAGAAAAUGCUAAAAAAUAUGAAUCAAUAAUGAGAGAC